AUGUCAUACCCAAGCCUUGAGGAAAGGCAGCUUCCGGAGGACACGCGAGCCCCGUCGCUCUCCCCAGGCGAAACCCCAACACCCGCAGCACAGCCAGCAGCCAACCCUGCAGCAGAUGAAUCAGCGCGUACCGCAACUAGCUCUGCCUCAGCGUGCACAGCAACAAUCCAUGCGGCAGACGCAGCAGAAUGCACAGCAGCAAUCCAUGCAGCAGACGCAGUAGAACGCAAAGCAACAAUCCCUGCAACAGAUACAGCGGCAUGCAAAGCAACAAGCUGCUCUGCACCAUGCGCGGUAGCAGGCACUUCAUCAGGCGGAGCACCGCACGCAGAAACAAAUGCUGCAGCAGGCGGAACAGCCUUCACAUCAGCAGGCGUUUCAGCAGUCGCAGCAGCAAGCUCCGCAGGAGUUGCUGCAUCCGACUCACCGCCAAUGGUCAUGCCUAUCGCCUCACCAAACGCGGCGGCAGAUUCAGCUAUCAGCGCUGCAGCGCCUGCAGGAGUUGAUGAUGAACGCGCAUCUUUGGGCCCUUGCAGUUUUUAUCCUCCAGGAGCUUUAAAUAAUCCUUUACUGUUGGCCCCAGGAACUCCAGAUGAAGCUGCAGAACAGCUUCAUAUGCAGCAGCAGGGGCAACUGCAGCACCAACAAGUGGCGUGUUUGAGGGACGCAACUCUGGAUGGGAUGGCGUCAUGCGCCAGCGUUUCCUGUCCGUCUUUCAGCACUUCAGAGGUGGCACGAAGUGUUGAAUUGGCUGCUAGUCAAGACAAAAGUGCUGCAGCGGGGGACGGGAUCUGCAUGAGUAACGAUUGUCCGGGGGACCUCUCGGAGCUAGAUCUCUGCUCAGCAGCAACGGAAGGAACUGUCGACACGGGGCAGCUCUCACCAGCACAAAACAAAGCGCUGGAGGCGAGCCCAACGGUUUCUGCUGUCGCUGCAGGAGCUCUUCCAGCAGGUUGUGCAGCAGCUGCUUCUGCAGGAGGAGCAGCAGCUGCUGCUGAGUUGAGAGCCCUGCGUGACCUGGUGGAGAGUCUGCAGGCGGAAAAUCGACGGCUUAAGGAGGCACUGUCCCGUCGCAGGCGCUCCUCUGCGCCCACGCAACAGAACGAGGGGGAAGCUGCAGCAGCAGGAGCAGCGGCAGCAGCGGCUGAGAAAUGCAACUGCGUACCUCCUCAGUUGCAGGAGCCCCAAGGAGAAGAGAAACAAAAGCAGCAAGUGAGCAGCCCCAACGCAGAAGAAGCACGAGCCACCGCAUUCAGGAAAGGGAGGGCUCCAGGGGCACCCCCCCGAAGCAGGGGGCCCCCCGGGAGGCCCCCAGGGGCUGAGGUGAAUCGAACAGGGUGCCUACACCCAGGAGGUGCUUCCAACAACGGUAGCAGCAGCUCCAGCGCAGCCAACGGCGGCGAACGGAGCAGAACGGAGGACAACGCUCUGUCUCUGUGGGGCUGGAGCCCUCCAAACGAACCUCUCAGCUCCUUGCGAAGCUGCUGCGCAGAUCGUUUGCUCCUCGGGAGCUGCUAUUGCACUGAAAGCAGAAGCCAGUACAACAGUGAUGCUGAUGGGGAAGCAAGUAGUCAAUGUGUGGUUACAGCAGUGACCGCUGGACCCCUCGAGGCCUCGUGGUUGCUGCAGCUUGAAGAGGCUGUGCAUAGUACAUUAGCGGAGCAGCAGCAGCAACAACAGACGAGAACGACCCUGUCUACACUACGUACGGAGCCUGCGCGUGCUGUUCUGAAGACAGCCGUUGAGGAGAUUGGGUUUUCAGUUCUUGAUAUGGACCAGCAGCAACAUGGGGCAGCAGAGGUCGCGGUGGCAACCGAUCCACGUCUGCUGGAGUGGUUUGUGGCUCCAACGAGUCCCUCCUCUUCCCACCCUUCUUUGUCACUUUCUUCGCAUUCUCGAGGUGUGCAUAUAGCUGGGCAUUCAGCUUCUCAGGGUACUGCGAGCUCCAAACAUUCAAAAAAUGCACUUCUCAGCCGUGCCGAGGAGAGGCGGCAAACCUCCACUUUGCCGGCGACUCUUAGGAAGAGCAUCAGCAUUUCCCUGUCUGCGCUGAGGAGAGGCUGCGCUGACCGGCUGAACUUUUGCCGGAGACUACAGUCCGAUUUGCUGCAGUGUUCCCUUAGCCCCAGCGCUCUGGAACUCCUUUUAGAAUUGGUGCCUGAUCUGUCGAAGGCCACCGAGAGGCGGCAGCUAUGGCUCGAUGCCCGCGAUGCGCUGUCUAAACACUCGGCGUGUGCGCGGAGGCCUCUGGAUGACGAGGAGUCAUUUGCUGCUUUCGUGUUUAAAUUUGAGGCGCUGCAUCAGCGCCUCGAACUCCUCUCUUUUCUAAACAGCAAAACCAUGGAGGCCCACCUUUCCUCCUUGCUCGUGCAAAUUCAGGUGAAGCUUGAUUGUUUGGCGAUGCUGCGGAGGAAGUCGCCACGCAUAGGACAGUGUGUGCGGGCAGCAGCUCGGGCUGCGUCUGUUGUUAGCAGCCUCGCUGGACGAAAGGGCCUAAAUGCAUUCGUAGCAGAAGCUGUUUACGACGGCACAGCCAAAGAGAAUGUCGAGCCAUCCGCAGCAAACAGCGGCAAAGCUCAGACAAGGGCGGAGGCACCAGAGGCGGCACACGCGGCGAUAAAGAUAAAAGAGGAAACGGCUCAAGAAGCCCCUAAACAAGAGGGCAACAGAUUUCCUAUGUUCCGGUGGCCGAUCAAAACGCAAUACGGGUUCGGUGCUGACGGGUCGAUAGACAAAAGCCGCUCGCUUUUGAAGGUCAUUGCAACCCACACCGGAAGACCACUCGACACUACAGAGUUGGCUCUACUCAAGCGGGCCUCUCAGAAACCGUUGGUGGCUGUGUUAGAGCAAGAGGUCUCUUUGGUGCAUAUGCUACUGCUGCUGCACCGCGCUGCAAUGUGGGCUGCGACCAGCGGCAGUUCGGGCAUGCAGACGGUUGAGCAGCAACAAGAGGCCGUGCAAGACCCGACGAAGGCACUGGCAGCUCGUUUGCUGCAGUGUUGCUACACGUCAGGCAGCAGCAACAGGAGCAGCAGGGGCGGCAGCGAUACAGCUGAAGGAGAAACAGCAACAGCAGCGGAUGAACCCAGCAGUCCCAAAGGACAACACGAAGCUGAAACUUGUGAUUUGCUGCUGUCGGUAAUUCCGAAGCUUGUGAUGAACCAUCAUGGGCGGUUGAAGGCACUGACGCGGCUGUCAGCUCAGUUGUUGCGGGAGUACGCGGCGUUUGUCUGUUGGUUGGGUGACAGAUCUUCUUUUCUGCCUCUACAGCUGAAUCUGCAUGCAGCGAGCAGCAAACAGGAAACCCCAUGGGUUCCCCAGGGGCCCUCUCUACCCUCCGUGUUGGCGGCGACACUCCCCUCAACAGUGGCUAAGGGGGGAAAGUCUCAUGCAAAACCUGAUGCAUUUGAACGCCUCUACUCGUUUUUAGAAGAGCUCGAAAAGCACGCAGAUUCAAACGUUGCCCCCCGCCCAACGCGGAAACACUUGCUGGAGAGGCGGUGCUGCAGCGGCAGCAGCAGAUCAAACAGCCCGUCUUCCUCCUCAUCUAGUUCUUCGCUGCCAGUGCUGUCGCCUGGGUCAUCUCCAGAACGCCGAAAGCAGCAGAAGACGCAACAUGCGUCGAAUGCUUCUUCCUACAUACCGCGUGAACAGCAGCCAACAGCAACGGCACCAGCAGCGGCAGCUGGGCGUUGCUUCCCCCUGCCGGGUAUGUUGAAUGGUGGAGGCCCGUUAGCAACACCCGCUGCUCUCCGUUCCCUCCUCUCACGCGGCACAUCUUUUCAGUUGAAGCGAACAAAAAAUACCGGAGCAGCAGCACCACCGGCAGAGUCAGGGCAGCCGGCACCACCUCAGCCUUCGAGACACUGGAGAGGCAGCAGCAGCAGCCGCAGCAGCAGCAGCGAAGGCAGCAACCACCAACAGCAAGGCGAUGCUCCCAGUGUGUAUCUGACUCCCCACGCGCCCUUCCGCCUCUCCUCCUUCAGCCCGUCAGGUGCUGCUGCUGCUGCACCUCCAGCUCCUGCGAUCCAGCCCUGUCCCACCGGCACACCACGGACGCCGUUCGGUAUGUCGACGGUUUUUGACCAUAGGCUAACAUCCCCAGUAAACAGCGGAGAGGAGAGCCGAUCGCCUGGAGCGGCGAGCGGACAACGGUACGAAAGCUGGCGCGCCGGCGUCCGUACAUCCCAUUUGAAGGAUGACGAAAUAGAUGCUGCGCCCAAGAGCGAGCAGAAUCAAACAAUGCUGAAAUCUGCAAAAAACCCCGAAACAGAAGCAGAAACUGCAGGUGUCCGCAUAUCGCUAAACAAGGCCCCGACGCAACCCAAACAACAACAGCCACAGCAACAGCAAGGGGGUGAACACGAAUGA